AAAAUCAGAACACAGACACCCGAGAAAGGAAAACAGCAUAAUUCGACCAUUCAAGCGCCGUACCGACCCGUUCAACCUGCACCUGAUAAGCAACAUGCGUUGCGGAAGAAUGCCACAUCUAGCACCCAAGGCGAUACUAAGCCACUCUAUCAAAUUCCGAAAGCAGGAGAAAGGCAUGACGCUGUAGGUGAUGCAGAACAGCGGAAAUCGGCAUCUCAGAAUGUGAAUAGUGCUCCUCCCUCGAAAAACAGAAUCCUCGAAGCUCAUCCUAUGAAGGUUGUGUCAGGCUCCAAAUUUGUGUGGCAUGGCGCUGUAGGUGAUGCAGAACAGCGGAAAUCGGCAUCUCAGAAUGUGAAUAGUGCUCCUCCCUCGAAAGUGAGAUCAAGAAGAUCCGGAAACCAGAAACCAUUUUCAAGUUUCGUUUCGGCAAGUACUGAAUUCCGGAGAGAGUAUGUUUUGCAUAUGCAAUCUCUUCCCCAGAUUGCAGCUUAUAUAUAUUCUCCUUUUCUGCCCUUUCAGAACAGAAUCCUCGAAGCUCAUCCUAUGAAGGUCGUGUCAGGCUCCAUAUUUGGGUGGCAUGACGCUGUAGGUGAUGCAGAACAGCGGAAAUCGGCAUCUCAGAAUGUGAAUAGUGCUCCUCCCUCGAAAGUGAGAUCAAGAAGAUCCGGAAAACAGAAACCAUUUUUCAAGUUUCGUUUCGGCAGUACUGAAUUCCGGAGAGAGUAUGUUUUGCAUAUGCAAUCUCUUCCCCAGAUUGCAGCUUAUAUAUAUCUCCUUUUCUGCCCUUUCAGAACAGAAUCCUCGAAGCUCAUCCUAUGA